AUGAGUGAAAUGAUCAAACCCGGAAACUACAGGAUCGGCAAUGUCAUGUAUAGCCAGCGAUACGUCUGUAUGUCAGGAAAUAAAGAGUUCGUCGGCCACGACGUCGGUGAAAUUAUCCGAGUCGAUGUCAUAGACGAGGUUGAGCAUCUUGCGACCCUCUUUGAUACUGCGACAAAUUUGUACAUUGGGAUCGACAUGAUGAAAAGCAAUGUCGUAGGCUUAGAAAAGCCCCAGGUGCUUCAGUUGUCUAGCAUUGAUGGCGAGAAAUUCGAAAUCCAUGCACAGGACGUAGACGACGUGUGGCUUCUCAAGGACAACGGAAACUGGUCCUGGAUCCGCGUUGAGGCAGCUCCCGCGACGGACAACAAGUACUGGAAGUUCGAAAAGGUGGAAUAG